AUGACAAUGGAGAUUGAAUAUGGUGGAUCUAAUUUUAUAAUGCAACACUUGGAAGAUGGAGUUGACGAAAUUCAAUAUAAAAGAAAAGGUGCAAAGUUGGUCAAGAACUAUUACCUAGGUGAAGUACUUGGUGAAGGAGCAUAUGGUAAAGUAAAAGAUGGAAUGGAUACAUUUACACAAAAAAGAGUUGCCAUUAAAAUAUUAAAAAGAGCAAGACUAAAGAAGAUUGCAGGAGGAGAAGCAUCUGUUCUCAAAGAGAUUAAUAUCACCAAAAAACUACAUAGCAAGCAUGUUAUAAAGUUGAUUGACCACUUUACCAUUGAAGAAAAGGGUAAAUUGUAUAUAGUCUAUGAAUACGUUGGUGGUGGUACACUACAGAAUCUAUUAGAGAGUGCUUAUCUUGCCAAGUUGCCACAAGCACAGGCACAAAGCAUUUUCAACCAAUUGAUCGUUGCCAUUGAAUAUAUACACUCUCAGAAAAUAUUACACCGCGACAUCAAACCCGACAAUAUAUUAUUUACCAAUGACGGUAUCCUCAAACUAACAGACUUUGGUGUAAGCGAGGAUUCUUCUCUCAUCGAUGACUUGGAAGUACUCUCUCGAAGUUAUGGAUCACCUGCAUUCCAACCUCCAGAAUUAACUUCCUUUCAACGUUCAUUUUCUCCUUUUAAAGUUGAUAUCUGGGCAAUGGGUGUAACUUUAUAUUUAAUGACAAUAGGCAAAUUCCCAUUCUAUGGUACCAAUAUGUAUAUGUUAUUUGAAAAUAUUUCAAAAUGUAAUAUAGAUUUUCCACCAAAUAUCGACAAGGAUCUUUGUUCACUUAUCAAGGGUAUCUUGCAAAUCGAUCAUAAUCAAAGAUUUACUAUCGAACAAAUUAAAUCGCAUCCAUGGUGUACUAAAUUAAUUGAAAGUAAUGAACCAUUUGUACCAUUAUUACCAGAAUCUAAAUUCGAUCCAUUAGAGAUGGCAUACGGGAACUGUGGUGGAGAAGAUGACGAUUUAAUGUUUGGUUACGAGGAUAAUGAUAAUAGUUAUUCUAGCAUCAAUAGCAGUUGUGGAUACCAAAAUGUUCCUCCACAACAAAUGAUUAUUGGCAGUUCUAUUCCACUUGUACCUCCACCUACUAUAAAUAGCGGCAACAACAAUAAUAAUAAUAAUAACAACUGUACUACUACCAAUAUGCAAGAUCGUUCAUCUGAAUCAUCUACUCCAACACCUUUACACUAUAGCAGCAACAAUAAUAACCACAUUAGCAGUCAUUAUGGUGGAAACCACCAUAUGAACCAAACUCACUCUGUACAUUUAACUUCUUCAAUCAUUGAAAAUUAUGAACAACAAGAUCUUCCAACACAUCACGAUGAUGGUGGCCUCAAAUCAAUCGGGUCAUCGUCUGAAACAUCAUUUGAACGACCUCUACCAGGAGGCGACUCACCUCCACCUCCUCUUCGUAAUUCUAGUCGCAGACCAAAAAUUACUUUUGAAUCACCUCACAACAAAAAAAAUCACAAAACAGAAAUGCAAGAAAUACCAUCAGUAAUACAACAUUAUAUCUUAUCAAAAUUCAAUACAAAGAUAAAAUCCCAUCACCUCUAUCACGUUGUAGACAAGUACGGUAACAAGGAGCGUACAAGUCACCUAGCGUUGGUUUGCAAGAGAUGGUUUCAAAUGUUAAAAGUGUUGGCUGCUCAAUAUUCAAACGGUGUAUCGACAGAGGAUCUGCCAUUCAAGAGACGUGGUCGGCCAUUCUACUACUUUACAGAGCAUCUCUUUUCACAAUAUUUACCACUUUCAUUGGCCCACGUACAUACAUUCACCAUUGAAUGUGACAGUAAUGACAGAAAGAUGAAAUAUAGCACAGACACUAUACUUUCAAUCAUCAAUGCAAUGACCUCGUUGGAAAGAGUCGUAUUGCGAAUGGAGAUUAUAACAUUUAAUAAACCCAAACCACAAGAUGAACAAGACUAUGUACAGAGUAUCAUUGAUUUGGUAGAAUCAAUCAAUCAUCAUCAUAAUAAUAUCAAGAUUCAAGCAAAGAUGAGGUUGAGCACGAGUCGAUACGACCCAGACGGAAUUACGAAUAACAUUGGCAGAUUACUGUGUAAUGGGCGAGUGGAGGUUCCCGAAUUAAAGUUUCGUGUUAAUAACUUUAUUAACUUUGGAGGUCAAGAAAUAAGUAGUAUUUUCGUAUCGAUAUUCAAUACAGUGGUAUCGCUCAAACUAAAAAAUAUAAGUAUUGGUGUCUCUUCCUCUUGUGAAGGAACCAUUCCACUUGGUUUCAAGUUGUUCAACAAGAGUGGUGGUGGUCUUGAUGGAUUGGAAAUUUUAAAGCUAAAAGUCCAACUUGUCAAGAUUAGAGAUAUCAAUGUCUUGUUGCAAUCAAAGACAAUCAAAACACUCACCAUUCGAUUUCAAUGGCACAACGAGUUUGACCAAUUUCCAAAACAAGCUUAUGAUCCAGACCCAGGCUCUAACGCUAUAUCGGCGGCAAUCGAAAAAAAAUUGCACAUAGAAGAGUGCGAUUCAGUUGAUAUCUACAACCAAUAUUCAGUAUCACCAUUACUAGAAGAAAUGGCACAACGAUUACAAGACAACACAACACUCACAUCACUCACAAUCAAGUAUGGAUAUUUAAUGUUUUUAGGUGGUAACAGGCGACUUGCCAAAAGAUCAAUUCAUAUGGUAAGGGAUUGUUUUGCAAAUGUAUUAUCCAACAAUCAAACUUUAAAAUACCUAGAAUUUGAAAGAGCAGAUGAUUAUAUAGAUGACAGAUUCUUCCAAUCCAUUGCUAAUAAUACUACUUUGGAAACACUUAAACUUUGCUUUUUAAAAGAACCAAAACCAACAUUAUCAAAUCAAGAAGAAUACCUAAAACAAAUAGUUGUCUCGAUUUGUAAAUCACUCUCCAUCAAUCGAUCACUUCGAUCGUUGGAAAUUGGCCUGCCAUUUAGGGAUGAUAGUGUAGUAAAUAUCUUCCCAACUCGUUCCUAG